UAUAAGGAACUGUACGAGCGAAGUUGGAGAGCAGUAUAGACGUGGAGGUUGUCAUAUGGCCUCACAUGUUUGUAAUUUACGACUUUAGGUGGAAAAACACGUUCAAACAUAUUGCUUAAAAAGAGCAUGAUUACACCAAAAUAUAUUUUGACCAAACUUGUCGACGAGAGGCGUCUUAAGAGAGGUUGUUGUCAUAUGCUCUGUAGCCAGCUAGUUAGCAUAGCAGUGCAAUAAGUGCAUGUCUAUUGUCAAUUUACCAGUAGUGUAGGUAAUCUAGGCACAGUAGUUUGGUUAUGAAGACCAAGGAUGAGCUUGAAUUUUAAGCAAGUUGAAGAGGAGACUAGAAACGAAAUGUCUGUCUUCCCACCAAUUGCUCUGAAGCCCAAAGUGUAUGAUUACAUGAAGAACUCCUUCAUGAAUGCAGAGCUGUUGGCUGCAGUGGGCCUUGAGGCGGCUGAGGAGAGGUUCCAGAGGCUACUAUCUUGCCUGUCCCACCCACCUGCCUUCACCUGUGUGCGGGCCAACACUCACCUGGCCCCCCUGGAGGAGAUCCGUCACCGCCUGGGGGAAGAGCUCAGACAGCAGCGUUGCGGGCAGCACAUGUGUGGUUCUGAGGAUGAAGUGGUUACUAUCCUCUCCCAUCCACACAUUCCAGAUGUGCUGCUUCUUCCUGUCAUCGGCCCAAGGUCUGUGACCCAGCUUGGCUCUGAGGUGGUGGUUGGGGCCCUGUGCGGCAGCGCUGUGCUCAGGGGAGCCCACGUCUUCGCCCCCGGGAUCCUCGCCACGCCCAAGUUCAUGAAGGCUGGAGACACAGUGUCUGUGUUCUCUGACCUGGAGGGGAAGUGCACGCGCGGGUCCAAGAACUUCCAGGGGAAGAGAGUGUUUCUGGGAAACGGGCUUGCCGGACUGGACCGCUCCUCCAUCUUCUGCACAAAUGAACCAGUCAAGGGUCUUGGUAUUCAGAUGGUUGAGCCCCUGUACCGGAGCCCCUCGUUUGACGGUGUGCUCCCCAGCCUGGUCUUUCUGCAGAACCUCCCGUCUGUGGUGGUGGGUCACGUGCUGGGGCCCCGACCCGGAGAACGUAUUCUGGAUAUGUGUGCUGCUCCAGGGGGAAAGACCUGCCACAUAGCUGCCCUCAUGGGGGGUCAGGGAGAGGUAGUGGCGCUGGACAAGAUCCGAUCCAAGGUGGAGCGCAUCCGUCAGAACGCCAAGACCCUGCAUCUGGACUGCAUCAGAGCUCACUGCUUCAACAGCGUCCAGGCUGUGAGCGGUGACCCUGCCCGGGAAACUGAAAGUACGGAAUGUGAGCAUCGUCGCCAGACAGCGUCUUGGCUCCGGUCUGGUUGUGAGGAAGCCCAGGACAGAGCACAAGGGAGGGAACAGCUCAAUUUGUCUUGCCAGUCUUAUGGGCCGCCGUUUCCCCCGGAGAGUUUUGACCGGGUCCUGCUGGACGCCCCCUGCAGCGGGCUGGGCCAGAGGCCCAACAUGGCCUGUAGCUGGGGCCUCAAGGAAGUCUGCUCCUACCAGCCUCUGCAGCGCAAGCUCUUCCACACGGCCGUGCAGCUGCUGAGGAGAGGAGGGGUGCUGGUGUACAGCACUUGCACUGUGACUCUGGCAGAGAACGAGGAGCAGGUGGCCUGGGCUCUGAAGACCUUCCCCUGCCUCACACUACAGCCUCAGGAGCCUCACAUCGGAGCAGAGGGCAUGCUGGGAGCUGGCCUGUCAACUGACCAGCGACGUCUCCUCCAGAGGUUCAGUCCAGAGCUGAGCUGGGCCGGGCCCCCUCCCGUGACCCUCCCAAGCGGAGCCAACACAGACACGAUCGGCUUCUUCAUUGCCAAGUUCCUGAAGAGCUGAGCGAGCAGCGUCCCCCCCCCUCUUCCUCCUCCUCUCUCUACCGCACAGAAGGGUCCAGAAGGCCAGGGCCUCACACAGAGCCAGCGUUAGGGGUCUGUAGUGUUUACAGUGUUAACACUCUGCCUGGCCCGACAGGACAGUGUUUAUAACACACUCUCCACCAGCAUGCCCCCAUCCCCUGCUGUUUACAACAUCCACCUCUUGGUGCCGGUUCUUUCUGUCUGUGGGCCAUAUAGGGAUGAGCUGUGUAAACACAGAGGCCAGGAGAGGGAGGGGUCAACAACACAGGGAAACUGGGUGGGGGGUGAAAGACAGGGGAAGAGGAAGUGAAGAGAAUAGAGAGAAUGCGGACUGGUGGACGCAGUUCGGCUUGAGUUGCCAUAACAACAGUGACGACACAGCUGCCAUGGCAAUAGCGGAUUGGCUGGCUCCUGGAGCAGAGGCCAGGAAGUGGUGUGCUGAAAGAAGGAGAGGAAUUAACAAUUGAUGUCCUUUUAGUGGUGUAUGUCAAGUACCACUGUGGUUACUGUCACUUGAAGAAGUCAGAAUUGCCACGCUGAAUUCUGAAUUACCAUACUCAAUUCUGUGCUCUUUCAUUUUAAUUAUUUAUUUGAAAUAAAAUUAAUUUCAAGUUC